AUGAAAUUAAAACCAACAAGAAAAAUACCUCCACGAGUAAAAGCGCCUGACGAAUCACAAAAGCUUAACUUUAAUUCUCUGACUUUAAACACACAACUUUUCAAUAAAAAAAUAAAUCAUGUAACUACCUCCACGACCGCCACGGAACCCACUUCCUCCACCACGAAUAGCUCCUCUUCCUCCCCCUCGAUUGCCUCUAUCAUUACUUCCACCUCAACUUAUGAGUCAGUUAUGUAUUACACGAAAUAUAAUUUGGCCUCUAAUACUAAAGCUAAUGCUCAACCAAACUUGAAAUUUGAGACAUAUAUUUUGCACGAGAUUUCUUUGGAUCCUCAUACGAUGAAUUACGGGGAAAAUGGGGAGGAAGUAGUGUUCCUUGGCGAAAGAAAAAAAAAUGGUGGUUCAACUUCUACCUUUUAUAAUUCAAAUUACGCGUAUUCCACACUGCCAAGGGCUAGCAAUAGCUUUAAUUACAAUAGUAUUGCUACUUUUUCAAAUUGGAAUUCACAUUUGACAAGAACAGAAAAUAACCUCGAGACAGGAGAGGAAGCCACUAUAGGCCAAGUUAUUCGUAUAAUCACCGUCUUGAUUAUCGUUUUGGAUCGACCUCCUGCUCAAGACAAUAGCGACAAUAGCAAAUCGUUGGAUGGUCUUCCUCAUCCUACUCCACCUAGGGAGGAAACCAACAAUCAAAGACUUCCUCAUCUUACUCCCCCUAGGAAAGAAACCAACAAUCAAAGACUUCCUCAUCCUACUCCCCCUAGGAAAGAAACCAACAAUCAAAGACUUUCCCAUCCUACUCCUCAUAGGGAAGAAACCAACAAUCGAAGCAAUGAUGAUAAUGAAGAUGAGGAUGACAGUACUGGAUCUUCGUCUAGUUCUACUGUAUCCGAUUCUGAUAGUAGUAAUACUACUCGUUCUUUAUCUGAACCAUUAAUAAAAUAUCGUGUACCUAUCAAAGAAACAGCAGCGACAAAAAAUACUACUACCAUUAGGAAUAUUACUGCGCUAAAUAGGCAACAACAAAAUCUUCACUCCAAUACCAACCGAAAUUUCGAUUUGAAAAAUAAUAAUAUAUCCGUUGCAAACGACAUCAUGAAUAAUAAACAACCGCCGAAUCCAAAACAAAAUUUCCCCGCUCUUUCUAAUUCUAAUAAUUCCGGUCGAAUUGAGGUCAUCGAUCCAACUAAAAUUCUAAUUGAAAUUGAAAAAAGCUCCACUACUUCUGAAAACACCAACUCCGCCAACCAGCCUCUAAAUUCACCUACCUCUUCAACAACACCAUCCUCAUCAUCAAUUAAAGCUCCAUCUUCGAAAAUCAAAACAGCAACCAAACCAUCGCAAACUAUAACUCGAAAACCAAAUGAAAUCUCGGCAGAAAAUUCUUCAACUUCGCAACCAAGAGAGCGUCUAUCUUACGAAAGUGUAAAAACUUAUUUUAAUUCUUAUGCACGAACAGUAGAUCCAAUAGAUCUAUUAAAAUCCGGCAAAUAUAACUGGUCUCAAUCUUUACCACAUGUCGAAAGUUACCAUGUUAACAAAUUCAAGGAGUUUGUGGAAAAUCAAGGAUCUGCCGCGAAUAAGGAAAUUCUAGGACAUGAUGUUAUGCGAGCAUUUAAAGAAUUUCAUAAAUCUAGAAGAGACCUUGCUAACGCCUUUUCUUUUAGAAGAUGA